AUGUGUUCUCCAUUAGCUGUGUUCUUCUCUGUGGCCGUGUGUCUUCUUGUCGACGCCUCUCCGACCGUCUCUCCAGCGGUGAAGGUGGAUGUGGCGUCCCGGCUCCAGGAGGGGGCGCCGUCCUCUGACUGUCCGUCCUGCUCUCUGUCUCAAAUGAGGAAGAACUCGUCUUCAUCUGUAGGUCAGAGCGACAUGGUGGAGGCCGUCAAGCGCCACAUCCUCAACAUGCUGCACCUGAGCGCCAGACCCAACCUGACGCAUCCGGUCCCUCGCGCCGCGCUGCUGAACGCCAUCAAGAAGCUGCACGUGGGCCGAGUGGCUGAAGACGGCAGCGUGGAGAUCCAGGAGGAGAGCCGGGACUCUGCGGACUCAACGCCACAUGAACCGCCAUCUGAAAUAAUCACCUUUGGAGAGCCAGGAGACUCUCCGAACACGAUGACCUUUGACAUGUUGAAGGAAGGAGGCUCGUCUGUGGUGGAACAGGCCAACGUUUGGAUCUUCCUGAAGAUGUCGAAGGUUAACAGAGCGAAAGGCAAAGUGAUGCUGCGGCUGCAGCAGCUUCAUCAUGGUGAGGACGGUAACGAGGAAGAAGAGUGUGUUUCAGAGAAGAUGGUGGACACCCGUCGCAGCGGUUGGCACACCCUCGCAGUUCCUCGCAGCGUUCAGACUCUGCUGGACGGCGGCGGCAGCUCGCUCAGCCUGCGGGUUUCCUGUCCACUGUGUGCUGAAGCCGGAGCGUCGCCCGUUCUGACGUCUGCUGACGGCGAACCGGCCUCAGGACGAGACCAGUCUCACCGUCCGUUCCUCAUGGUGGUGCUACGAGCUCCAGAAGAGGCUCAGCGGCGAGUCAAACGAGGUCUGGAGUGUGAUGGGAAAAUCCACAUUUGCUGCAAACGGCAGUUUUACGUGAACUUCAAAGACAUCGGCUGGGGUGACUGGAUUAUCGCUCCGUCUGGUUACCAUGCCAACUACUGCGAGGGCGAAUGUCCGAACCACAUGGCGAACAUCGGCAGCUCGUCUCUCUCUUUCCACUCGACCGUCAUCAAUCAUUACCGCAUGAGAGGCUACAGCCCGUUUCAAAACAUCAAGUCGUGCUGCGUGCCGACGAGGCUGCGAGCCAUGUCCAUGCUCUACUACAACGAGGAGCAGAAGAUCAUCAAGAAGGACAUCCAGAACAUGAUCGUGGAGGAGUGUGGCUGCUCGUAA